GACUUCACGUCCAUGCCGCGCAGGACGGGGAAUAACUUCUGCAAGGAGAACCUCGUAGAACCUUGCAGGACCUGCAGCAGGCGAGGUUCUGACCCACUCUUCCACCCAGCGCUCGUCAGCACAACUCCGACUCAUUGAGGACUUGUUGAGCAAAAGUUGGCCAUGGUGACUUUACUGGACGUCUUUGCCUUGUGAGUCCACCUCAAAAGUAUCCCAGUUUGGACCAAUAAUUCCAGCCAGAACCCCCCUACCCCACCCCAGAAGUCCCCAGGAGAGCGAACAAGUGAACAGAAUGAUGUCUUCCAUGCGAGCGUCGCCUCCCUUUCACGCUCCAUCUGAGGAAGCGGAGGGGCUCAACCACAACAACGAUGACGACAACAACGCUACCUGGGUCGAUGACGAGGGUCCCAAGGAGACAACGUUGCCCUCUCCUCCUGACCAGCCCCGCCCGGACGAGCUUCAACCAAUCAGAGAGAAGCGAGGGGGUGUGGACUCGUGGGAGAACGUUGGAUCUUCCGUCAUGGACGACGACAGCGCUAAAGGCUGCUCCGUCUACUCCUACCGAGCCAACUCCACCUCUCCGCCCAAGCCGGAGGAGUGUUCCCGGGAUCGCGGCGAGCAGACGGUGGUGGGUGUUGCCUUCGGCACGCCGGAACGCCGCAAAGGUAGCCUGGCGGACGUGGUGGACACGCUGAAACAGAAGAAGCUGGUGGAGAUGACCAAGACAGAGCAAGACGAACCGUCCUGCAUGGAGAGACUCCUCUCCAAGGAAUGGAAGGAACGCGUUGAUCGUCUGAAUGCCACUGAGCUGUUGGGCGAGGUCAAAGGCACAGCGGAGUCCCUGGAGGAGAAGGAGCGACAACUUUCCACCAUGAUCGGCCAGCUGAUCAGCUUGAGGGAGCAACUCCUCUCCGCCCACGACGAGCAGAAGAAGAUGGCCGCCUCGCAGCUAGAGAAGCAAAGGCAGCAGAUGGAGCUCGCCAGGCAGCAGCAAGACCAGAUUGCCAGACAGCAGCAGCAGCUCCUGCAGCAACAACACAAGAUCAACAUUCUCCAACAACAGAUCCAGGUCCAAGGUCACAUGGCCCCCCUCAUGAUCCCCGUGUUUCCUCAAGACCAGAGAUCUUUGGCGGCUGCCGCCGCCGCACAACAGGGUUUCCUCUUCCCACCGGGCAUGUCCUACAAACCAGGUGACAACUACCCCAUGCAGUUCAUUCCUUCAACAAUGGCGGCUGCAGCAGCGUCUGGACUCAGUCCUCUUCAACUACAGCAGUUGUACGCCGCCCAGCUGGCAAGCAUGCAGAUCUCACCGGGGGCCAAGAUGGCGCCCCUCCCGCCGGGACCCAACGCCUCUGGCCCCCUGUCGCCCUCCACCCAGAAGAGCGAGAAGAGAGCCUCCAGUCCUGUCGCUCAAGUCAAGGAAGAAGGAUCCACACAGCCUCUUAACCUCUCAGCUCGACCCAAGACAGGAGAGCCUCUUCGAUCACCGACAUCGCCAACUCAGGCGUUGUUCUCCGGCAACAAGACCAGCCCCAUUAGUGUAGGCAAGGCCCGCAUCCCCAGCCCGGCCUCCUCCAUGGGCCGGAACACAUCCCUGGACAUCCUGUCCAGCCUGAACUCCACGGCUCUCUUCGGGGACCAGGACGCAGUGAUGAAGGCCAUCCAGGAGGCCAGGAACAUGAGGGAGCAGAUCCACAGAGAGCAGCUCCACCAGCAGCAGCAGCAGCCGCCUCAUCAUCAUCCUCCUCCUCCUCUAGCACCUCCUGGUCACCAAAACCUGGAGGUCAAACUGUCGGCGCUGAGUAGCAUGAGCCUCAACAACGGCAACAAGGAGCGUCUGCAUUACGAAACGUUGAGUCACCACCUCGGCAAGCUGGGUGAGGAUGCUGGGAAAAUGGUCCAUCGAGUCAUUGACCUCACCAGACCAGAGGAUCUGGAUGGAAGCAACAUCACGGAGGCGCGAGUGUUCCGGGAGGCGCGAGGCAGGAACAACAGCGAGCCGCACAUCAAGAGGCCCAUGAACGCCUUCAUGGUGUGGGCCAAAGACGAGCGGAGGAAAAUCCUGCAGACCUUCCCUGACAUGCACAACUCCAACAUCAGCAAGAUUCUAGGUUCUCGCUGGAAAGCCAUGACCAACCAGGAGAAGCAGCCGUACUACGAGGAGCAGGCCCGCCUCAGCAAGAUCCACUUGGAGAAGUACCCCAACUACAAGUACAAGCCGCGGCCCAAGAGGACCUGCAUCAUCGAUGGCAAGAAGCUGCGCAUCGGCGAAUACAAGCAAAUGAUGCGCUCGCGACGCCAGGAGAUGAGGCAGUUCUUUGUUGGGCCUCAGACUCCCAUUCCCCUUGGCAACAGCGCGGGAGGCAUGGGUGUCUACCCGGGUGCCAUGACCAUGGCAACGACGGCCACGCCCUCGCCCCACCUGACCUCAGACUGCUCCAGCAACUCAGCCAGCCCCGAGCCGGCCGUGCCCGUCAUCCAGAGCGCGUACGGCGUCGUCAAGGCCGAGCCCGGCGGCGGCAACAAUGGCGCCAACGGAGACGACGACAAUGACAUGUACGAGGACUUUGAGGACGAGCCCAAGUCGGACUAUAGCAGCGAGCACGAGACGCAGGAGGACAUCAGCGCCAAUUGAGCGCGCUCACAGAGACAACAAGUCUUCACGAGAGAACAGAUGGCUGACAAUGACCUUUGACAGUCCCAGUGAGACGAGCUGGUCACAUGACGCCGUGCUUGCUUCGUCUUCAAUAUUUAAGGAGUCCGCUACUUUUUAUUAUCUCCAUGUUUUUACUUCUCGUCUUUGAUUUUCUGCCGCCUGUACAAACUCUGGACUGGCACGACUUGAAAUGACUUUGGAAGUUUGAAUAUCAAAUCUUCCAGUCUUACAUUCAUUUCUCGACAAACUACGGUGGCCCACAGGGGGCAAACGACCAAACGGAAAGGGCAUCAUAAAACACAUGCAACCACAUCAACACUGCAAGGUAAAAAACAAAUGCAAACGAAAAAUGCUGCAAAUGCCAAAACACACACAAAGCCCAAAAAGAACUGAACGAGAGAAACGCUGCAAGACCAGACCUGAGGGACGUGUUCUUACAGAUGCGAGCGGGAUGCCCAGAAGAAAGCUGGCGGAAUGAAAAGGUGCAUUUUUAUUUACGUCUUUGUUCAACUCUUGCUCUGUAACACUGUAAAAGAUGACUUCUUACGUCUUUAAAGACGGGCGUCCCUCAGGUCUGGCGCCCCUGGUAGCUCUGCUAACUCCCAUUGCAGCAUUUCUCUCAUGCAGUUGUUUUGGGGUUUGUGUGUGUUUUUUGGCAUUUGCAGCAUUUUUAUUUUGCAUUUGUUCCUGAUCCUGAAGCGUUUAAAUGAUUGCAGCAUUUUUCAAUUGUUUUACGGUGUUUUACGUGUGGUUUUGGAUCAUCUGCUGCGUGUUCGCCCCUGUCGGCCACCGUAACAAACAGUGCGUCAAAUGUUGUUUUCUUGGACAAACUGCUUACAUGACAUUACUGUUGUUGUUUUGUUUUUAUUUUAUAUAUUAUAUAUAUCCCAGCUCAGGUAUGACGUGCCAGCUUGUGAAUGUUUUUGUUUGUUUGGUACAAAAGGUGAGACGCAGGAUGAGCCAAAAUCCCUUGUAAGGCAACAUUAGGACAAGUCUUUUUCUACUUACACUACUCACAAAAGGUUACAUAUUCGGCUUUCGGGUGAAAUUUGAGCGUGAGGCUAAACCUUUACAGGUGGACUUCAUUUGGCCAUCUUGAAACAUUUGAAUUCACAUCGGGCUUUUGUGCAAAAUGACACAUUCAAGUAAGAAUGUCUCCCAAAUUCCAGUUCCGUUCCACGGAUUUGAAUUGAGGAUGCAAGCAGGAAGUAGAAUUGCAAUUCAAAUUCAGACUGAAGGCAGUAGAAGUGAAAUUCCAUGAAAUUCCUAGCGGUCAUUUUGGCGUACAGUCGUCGCUCCCUCGCUCUGUCGCGGUUUUCCAAAAUUAAUUAAAAAAUGAUCGCUGUUUUGUCAUUGAAAAGUGAUGAGACGUUACCUUACAUUACCUUACAUUACAUUACCUUAACACUGCAUGUGGUCAGCCAUGGCAUGUCCGACAUGAUAUAGUGAAAAAAACUUUCUCCUCCCGUUCUGUGUGGAAGUGGUACGUUUUUGGCUUCUUACUUUGAAACACUUUCUUAAGUUUAGAAUAAAUAAAUUGGAGGCCUACUAGUUAGCUCGGUAGCUUUUUAUGCUAGUGGCAGCCGUCUCUUAUGCCCCUGCAGUGUGGGCAUAAGCAAUAUGGUGUAAACAAAGAAUGAGAGUGUAAAGGUGACUAUAGGGGUGUUAGUUCAUGUCUACAGAGCUCUAAUAAUGUUAAAAACUGUAUUUAAAAAGUCAUAAAAAGGUUUUCUGUGCUUUAGCUCCAAAAAUAUUCAGUUAAUUCAUAUUAAAUCCUACUUUCACUUAUCACAGCCAGGUCUGUAACCAGUUAACCGUGAUAAAUGGGGGAGGACUGUAUUCCACAAUCAUGAUGGACGGAUGCUUUACAGGAGUGAUUAUCAACUGAGAGUUUUUGACUUGGCAAAAAAAAUAAUAAUAAUAAUGUAAUGACCCGACGUUCGCGAAUGCACCUUACGUUGCACCUUACGUCGUUGCUUGCUAAGCCGCCAUGAGGUGUGUGCCUAGGCAGCCGUGAAACUGUUGGAACCUUUAAAUGUCAAAUAUUUGAAAAGUUUGAGUUUCCGCAAUUUGGAUCACCUCUGGUCGUUGAGGGUGAUCGUGGGUCCUGCAGUCAAGCCAGUUGAGAACCACGGUUUUAUCGUAUAUUCCAUAUGUGACCGUUUUCCAUACGUGCGUAGAAAUGUUAUUACUAUGAACCUCAUGUACACGUUACGUUUUCAUUACAGCAGCCUGUUUUUCAUCCACAAUUAAGAAUGAAAGCAUCUUCUGUGAAACAGAUCAGAUAAUUUGAUGACUUAUAACUUUCAAAUUAUGGAAAAUAGUGGAAAAAUACUUAAUUUCCACGAAUGCUUAACUUUAUCCAAGUACAGUGGAGCCUUGGAUAGUGUCAUUAAGCCAUUCCAGAAGUCUGACUCAAACCAAAUCAAGUGUUCCCAUAAGAAAUCAUGUAUGUCUAAUUAGUCCAUUCCAGAAAACCAAAACACAUUUUUAUAGUUUUACAAUUAUAGUUUUACAUGCAGAAAAGACUUAAAAAUACAUAUAAAUGAUGAAUGAAAGAAGUAAAUGAACAUUUUAGGUUACUUUUACCUUAACUGAGGACGUGAGACAAAGACACGACGUGGCAUUGAUAUCAACACGGCCACCACCUCCGUCAUAGCAGUUUCUUGAAUUCAGUCGUGUUUCUCACCUCAAGUCUCUGCUUUUCUUUUCAUUAUGGCGGCAAAAUAAACCACAAUGGAGCCAAAGAAAGUGCCAGCACUUUGAUAAAGAAGGUGAGAAACACUACUGAAAUAAAAAAAAAAUAACACAAAACACGAAGGUGGUGGUGUUGAUUCUGCUGCCAAAUCGUGACUACGGCAACAAUUCCGUCUUCAAUCAAGGUAAAAGUAACCUUAAAUGUUCCAUUUAACCCUUUCAUUGGUCAUUUAUAUGCAUUUACAGUUGUUUCAUGCAUGUAAAACUAUGAAAACAUGUUUUGUGUCAACAUUUUUGAGGCUUGUGGCAUAAUUGUGUUCGUUACGAAAGGACUACAAAGUCAACCGCUAGAUAGACAGUUCCUGUUUCCACGUAUUAGCAAGCUAACAGACUGCUAACAAGGACGUUUUGUGAUAAAAAAAAAAUGACAUUAACAACACAGUUGGACUCAUGCAGUGUAUUAGUAACACGACAAAACGCGCCCUAGUGUGUGCUAAACGGGUACACAAACCGAGGCAAAAUUUUGCCGUAAAUGUUCGACAUUAACCAAAAAACAUGCUAACCGGGGGCAUACGCUAGCCGAGGUUCCACUGUUUUGAAAAUGGAGGGAAUUUGUGUUUCAUCUUAGUGUGUGUAAAGUAUUUUUAGUAGUUGAGGCAAAAAGUGACCAUAAAAAACAUGUAAUUCUUUGUUAUUUGGCUAUAAGGAAUUUUUCUGAAUUGCAAUGCGUUUAAUUCCAGUUCUUGUAAUUCCAAUUCAACAUCCUGUGGGGUGGAGCCUUUUGUGAGUAGUGUAUUAUUAUUACUAUUAUUAUUAUUAUUACACAAAAUGUGCCAAACGUGCAUUCACAUGGAGUGGGGAUGUCGUAGUCUUAACUUCUAAUGCUGCAAAAAGUCUUACACAAUCCGGCGCUCAUGACCCACCAGACCCACAGUCCCUUGAGGCCAUUUCUUAGCUGGACACUCAAAGGCGUCUUACAAGCGCCUCUUAAAUUCACAACGCUACUGUAGAGUUUCUAAAUAGUCUGAAUCUCUUCACUGUAUUUUCAACAGGUACGAAAAACUAUUUUGUCUCCUUAGCUCACCUUUAAACGUCUUUUUUAGAAAAAGUGGCAUAGUUUGGGUCUGUUAUUUAAAAAAAUUAGGUACUUUUUUUCUACCUGGCAUGUAUAGUUAUUAUAGGUCAUAAUUUAUUAAGGUAAACAAUGGCGAGAAAGAGGUGCUCACUUUUUAUUUGAAGGCGAUGUCCGUGUGAACGCUGCUAUUUUUUUCAAGCAAUCAUCAUUUCAUUCGUUACUUGUGUGUCCUAACAAUCUCUGUUCACAUUAAAGGCAUUACAAUAUACUUGUAUUUAAACGCUUAGAGUUCAAGGAAUAUUGGCGCUUUUAGUCAGCUGUUGUUGGCCAAUCAGAAACUUGAAGAAAGUCAUAAGUGGAAAAGGCACAAGAAAGAAAACGAGGAAUGAUUGGCGUGAACUGAAAUGAUAGAACUGAUGCAACAAACAAUAAUGAAUGGAGAAUAAACACAGUACGUGUUAAUAAUACAUUGAAAGCUGUUGCACAAAGAAGGAAGGCAAGUUUUGUUUUUGUAUCUUUUGGAGAGUGUUCAUCCUUUCCAAAAAGCUGUUUUUAUGAAAGAAAAAGUGAUUAAAAAUGAUGCUUAUUGAAAACAAUAGCAGUGUUGAACAUGGCCAUGGUCUCAGCAAAGCGCCCCAAUUAGAGCACUCAGGUUUUUUCCUCUUUCCUCUUCUUGUGUCUUUUUUUUUCUGACAUUUUGAACAUCUUUCCAGUUUCUACACUCGUUACCUCCGUGUUUUUUUGUUGUCGUUUUUUUUUAUUAUUAUUUGACGAGCUUCACGAGCCCCCGCUCGCCUCACGCCAUAAACACACAUCCUAAGCACUGGAUAGAUAUUCUACUUUGAUUUCCUUUUUUUCUGUUGUUGACUGAUGUGACGUUGUUGUUUUUAUUUCCAAGGUCCCAUGUUGUAGAGUCUUUAGCCAUCUUUGGGAGUGACCUCUGUUAACCUCAAGCUCUUUUCAAGAUGCGGUGAGCCUCAGGAGCGCCUCCUGCUGGCAAACGCACACUUUCUGUGAUGGCUAUUUUGUGCGUUUUAACAUUUCAUUGUAUUUAUUAGCCAACUGUGGCUCUAAAAAGUGUCAGUACACAUAAUACUGGUGAGAAAGACAAUCAAGAUAAAAAAAAACAAUAAAUAAAUCAA